UUCGUCUGGUUGGUGUCCUUUAAACAGUAAGACUUCUUGUCCAGUGUUCAAUUCUGAGUCUUUUGGAAUCAACCCAGACAUUCUUGAAACACUUAGUGAUGGUACACCAUAUGACUUCUAUUCUUUAUUUAUUGAUGACGAAGUCUUAAAUUUAUUAGUAAUUGAAACUAACAGAUAUGCUUGUGAUUUACUUUCAACUCCUCGUGGUCCAAAAUCUAGACUUAAUAAAUGGGUUGAUGUUGACAUAGUUGAGAUUAAGACAUUUUUGGGAAUAGUUAUGUGGAUGGGGUUAAAUCCACUACCAACUUUGGCAAGUUAUUGGAGCAAAAAUGCAUUGUAUCAAACACAUAUUCCUAAGUAUAUGACCAGAAAUAGAUUCGAAUUGCUUUUGAGAACUUUUCAUUGUUCAAACAAUCAAACAUGUCCUAGAGGUGACAGAUUGUAUAAAGUUCGUGGUUUGGUUGAUAUGCUAGUGAUCAAAUAUAAAAUAUGCUACAUACCAGGUGAAAAUUUGUGUAUUGACGAAUCGGUGAUUCCAUUUGUUGGACGUUUGUCGUUUCGUCAAUACAUAAAAAAUAAAAGGCAUCGAUACGGCAUAAAAAUAUUUAAAUUAUGUAUAAAUGAUGGGUAUACUAUUGGAUUUAAAAUAUAUGCUGGUCAAGAAGCUAUCCCGGGAGUGUCAGUUUCAACGAAAAUUGUAAUGGAGUUAGCUGCAGAUUAUUUAGAUGAGGGAAGAACCAUGUUUACUGACAACUGGUACACAUCAGUCAGUUUAGCAAAUGAACUUUUAAGUCGAUCCACAAAUCUUGUUGGUACAUUACGUUCUAACAGGAAGUUUAACCCAAAAGACGUAAUAAAUGCAAAAUUAAAGAAAGGUGAAAUAAAAUCAAGCCAAAAUGAAAAUAAUAUUGUAAUAAUGAAGUGGAAGGACAAACGCGAUGUACUUAUGUUGUCAACAAAACACAAAGACAAUUUAAUAGAAAUAACUAACAAGCGUGCUCAAAAAUUAUUCAAACCAAAAAUG